AUGAUCACAAGGAGUAAACAUGGAAUUUUCAAGCCCAAAGCACUACAAGCCACAGUUGAACCUAGAAGUGUCAAAGAGGCAUUAUCUCACCCUGAAUGGAAGAGAGCCAUAGAUAAUGAAUAUGAAGAACUAAUGAGGAAUUCAACAUGGAAGCUGGUACCACUGCCACAAGGGGGAGAAGCUAUUGGAAGUAAGUGGAUAUUUAGAGCUAAGUACAAUGCUGAUGGCUCGUUGCAGAAACAUAAGGCCAGAUUAGUUGCACAGGGGUUCUCCCAAAAACCUGGUUUUGACUUUAUUGAAACCUUUAGUCCAGUAGUGAAGCCAACUUCGAUAAGAGUAAUCCUAACAGUGGCAUUGGCAAAUGACUGGAGCAUUAAGUAG